AUGCUCUUUCAGCUACUCCUGACCCUGCUUUUGGCUGAUUUGGCUUUGGCCGCCAAGUUCACUUGGCCGAUAAACAAGAGGAAGAGUGUUAAGAGUCAGCUGAUAAAACAAGGUAGGUUUGACAGAGAUAAUUGUGAUACUAUAUAGUACUUCUUAAGAAAAAAGUUUUUAAAAGUUAUUUUUUUACAAUAACUUUCUUCACAAAAUAUGAAAUGGCAGAAACUUUCUUUACAACUAAAAAAUUGCAAAAACUUUCUUUACAAAACUAAAAAUUUGUAUUUUUAGGAAAAUGGCCACAAAUGGCAGCCAUGAGACGAUUGUACAAGAACACUACCUUGAUGGGUGACAGCAUUCCGAUUUAUGACUAUUUGGAAGCUGAAUAUUGUUGUAAGUCAUCUUUUUAAAAUUUUAAAAUUUAAAAAUAACAUUUUUUUGAAACUAGGUAUCAAAAGUUAGGUAUUUUAAAUCUCAAUUUCAGUAAUUGCGACCGUUGGAACCCCCGGGAAGAAGUUCAAUGCCUUGUUUGACACCAGCAGUGACAUUUCUUGGAUUAUCAGUAACACAUGCGGAAACAAGAAGAGUGACUGUCCCAGUUACUGUAAAGGUACGUUUAUGUCAAUUUAAAACUAUAUUAAUAAAGAGUUUAUAUGUUUUGGCACUUUGAAACGAUCAAAAAAGUCUUGUCGUUUUUUAUUGUGGAGCUGCGUGUAAAAUGACGACAAGACUUUUUUAAACUAAAAUAUUUACUCUAAAAGCCAAGGAAGGGGUAGGGUAGGGUAGAGUAGUGUAAUGUAGAGUAAAUUACAUUAGUGGUAAUACAAUUAAAAAGUCUUAUAAUAGUACUAUAUGGCCAUAAAUGCUGCUUUUCAGGGCAAUACUGUGACUUGUUAUGUGAAGAAGAGUGCUGCUCAGGUAACGAUGACAUUGCUUGUAAAGACAAAGAAAAAUUUGAUCCCAAAAAGUAAGUUUUCAAAUAAAAUGGCAAAAACCUUUUUUACAAAACAAAGAAUGGCAAAAACUUUCUUUAAAAAACAGAAAUAGCAAGAAUUUUCUUUACAAAGCACAAAAUGGCAAUUACUUUCUUUACAAAACAAAAAAUGGCAAGAACUUUCUUUACAAAACGAAAAAUGGCAAGAACUUUCUUUACAAAAGAGAAAAUGGCAAGAACUUUCUUUACAAAACAAAAAAUGGCAAGAACUUUCUUUACAUAAUACUUUUUUUUAAAUUUUAGUUCCUCAACAUACCAAACGUCGUACGGUACCUUUCAACGUUACACUACAAUCGGAAAGAUUGAAGGAGCCUAUGCUACUGACAAAUGGACGAUUGGAAGUCAAAAUGUGACAGCUUUGGCACUCAAUAACUACAGGUUUGGACUGGCUACAAGCUUGGGAGACAAAUUCCAAACCUACGCAUUGGAUGGAGUUUUUGGCCUUGGCAGGGGUCUUAAUCGUAAGCUUUUUUAUUUGUUUGGGCAGGUAAGGUUUCUUAGGUUACAAUAUUGAGUGGGUAGGGUAAGAUAGGGUAGUUGGGUAGGGUAGGGUAGGGUAGGGUAGGGUAGGGUAGGGUAGGGUAGGGUAGGGUAGGGUAGGGUAGGGUAGGGUAAGGUAGGGUAGGGUAAGGUAGGGUAAGGUAGGGUAGGGUAGGGUAAGUUGUAUCGUGAUGGCGUUUGAACUCAAGGAAUACCUCGCGGUAAUUUCGAAUCAUAUCCCAGCACUCGCAGUAAUUUGUUGGGUCGUUUUACACCGAGGCAUAUAUUACAUAAAAUGAUCACAUUACAUAAGAAAACGUUGCGUAAUACAGUUUCUGACAAUUUCUCUGAGGCUAUGUUAUUGAAGCAUUAAUGUUAGGUACAAAUUACGUCUACCGACGGUUUUUUGUAUUUGUAAUGCAAUACAAUGAAGCUAAGAUUAAGAUCGGUUGGCCAGGGCUCUGGGCUAUUUGCUAGGGCUAAUGCUAACGCUAAGACUAAGACUAGUUGUUACUGCUAGGACUCAUUGUCAGACUAUGGUUUAGGCUAUUGUUAAAGCUAGGGUUCUGGGCUAGGGCUUUGGGACUAGGGCUCUGGUCUAAGACUAGGGCUAGGACUAGGACUGGGCUAAAGCUAGAGCUACAGUAAAAGCUCGAGCUUGAGACUAAGUUUAAGGCUAAGCCUAAGCCUAAUCCUAAGCCUAGCUAGGGCUCGGGCAGUAAGGUAUUGAAAAACCUAAUUUUUGUAUUUUAGCCAAAUCCUUUAUUGUGGAUGCGAUUGAGAAGAAUCUUUUGGAUGAACCGUUGGUUUCUAUCUAUUUCAAAGACCUUGGUUAUAAUCAAAACGGUAAAGUUGGUGGUGCAGUGACUUUCGGAGGUAUCGACAAUGAACAUUGUGGCAUUGUACUGGACUUUGUACCACUCACUAGUACCUACCAGUGGGAAUUCCGGAUUGCUAGCGGUAAGAACUUUUAUUUUUUGAAAUUUUAAAACAGUUAAAAUUUUAAAAAAAAUCCAUUUCAGGCAAUCUAAACGGAAACUACGCCCGCGGCGGCCUAGCCAUCACCGAUACCGGCUCAGCUUACAUCCACCUACCCUACUCUUAUCUGUACCAGUUCACCAGUAGUGUAGGUGCAACAUACGAUUACUACAACUCAAUUUACAAAGUAAAUUGUACAGUAGACUUUACUUUUGCCAUAACUAUUGGCAAACGAGAGUACAAGAUUGAUAAGAAGCAUCUGAUCAACGAGUAUCAACCUAACAAGUGUGAACUGAUGGUAGAUCAAACUGGCUACUGGGACGAGCACGAUUGGAUUCUUGGUGUACCAUUCGCUGAGGCUUACUGUCAAAUCUUUGAUUUUAGCGGAAAAUUGGGAUUGGCUGCUACUACACCGUAG